AUGGGCCAGUCAGAUCUAGCCAAUGGAACGGAGGACACGGUCUAUGAUGGAAGUCAAGAGACCAGCCUGGGAAACGACAGCAUGAACACUUACAAACCAGCGUUUGUGGAUGACAUCACCAAGCACCCGAGUGUCCAAAUAUCUCUCAUCUUUGCAUAUUCACUCAUAAUCCUGCUAGGACUUGUGGGUAACACCCUGGUGAUUUACAUGAUCAUUCUGUACAGAAACAUGCGCACGGUCACCAACUACUUCAUUGCGAACCUGGCCUUGGCUGACCUGAUGGUGGACACGGUGUGUUUGCCUUUCACGCUGGUUUACACGUUGUUGGACGAAUGGAAAUUUGGAGAAGUGAUGUGUCAUAUGGUGCCUUACGGCCAAGCUCUCAGCGUCCACGUGUCCAUUCUCACCCUAACGGUCAUUGCUCUAGAGCGCUACAGGUGCAUCGUCUUCCACCUUGGCCAGCGCCUCAAUAGGUGCACCAGCUUCAUCAUCAUCGGCCUGACCUGGGCGCUCGCCGCCAUACUGGCUGGCCCGCUGGCUAUUUUCCGAGAGUAUCGCCAUGAGGAAAUCCCAUACAUUGACUUGCGGAUCUCGGUUUGCUCCGAGAAAUGGCCCAACGGCACCAAUCGGGACGCCGUCAUCUACAGUUUAUCAAUGCUUCUCCUGCAGUAUGUGGUCCCUCUGGCGAUCAUCAGCUACACUUACGUGUGCAUCUGGAUCAAACUGAAGAACCACGUCAGCCCUUCCAACCGCAGCGAUGGCAUCGGCCGCCGGAAGAAGACCACGAAGAUGCUGGCGCUGGUGGUCGUGGUCUUCGCUGUUUGCUGGCUUCCCUUCCACGUGUUUCAGCUGGCUAGCGAUCUCGACUUGAUUCUCAAGUUCAAAGAAUACAAACUCAUUUACACCUUGUUUCACAUCGUGGCGAUGUGCUCGACUUUUGUCAACCCAUUGCUCUACGGCUGGAUGAACCAAAAUUACAGGAAUGGCUUUCUCAUGUUCUUCCGCUGUGAACACAAGCCAGACACCAUCUACCCUGAUGGGUCCUUCAGGACUCGAUCUUUGAGGGGGAUGAUUGUGAACGGCUACAAUGAUGGUCAUCCCGCAACUGCUGUCUAA